CAAGCAAACUCUUUUAAACGUCUUCACCAACCUCCUUCUUUGGGUUGUUUCCGGAAGUGAUGACCACGAACUCCCUUCAAUGUACUUUUAAUGACGAGUAACUCUCAAUGUAUCGAAAUGACUUUACAUUAAUAUCACAUAACAUGGCGGGCUUUAGCCGGGCCUCUUUCCUCGUCUGCCUGCUGUCCAUCCGCGUCUCCGCAGCAAAAUAUCAACCCGACUGGGAGUCCAUUGACUCCAGGCCGCUGCCGGACUGGUAUGACCAGGGGAAGUUUGGCAUCUUCAUCCACUGGGGGGUCUUCUCUGUGCCCAGCUUCGGCAGCGAGUGGUUCUGGUGGUACUGGCAGGGUGAAAAACUACAGCCGUACGUUGACUUCAUGCAGAAGAAUUACCCUCCCGGCUUUAAGUAUCAAGAUUUUGCUCCAUGCUUCACCGCAGAGUUCUUUGACGCCAAAGAAUGGACGGACAUCUUUGCCUCGUCUGGAGCCAAGUACAUCGUCCUGACCGCCAAGCACCAUGAAGGUUUCACACUGUGGGGCUCCAGAACCUCGUGGAACUGGAAUGCGGUGGAUGUGGGACCAAAGCGUGACCUGGUGGCGGAGGUGGCGAGGGCCCUGCGCGCAGGCAGCGACCUGCGCUUUGGUCUCUACCACUCGCUGUUCGAGUGGUUCAAUCCACUCUUUGAGGUGGACAGCGCCAAUAAUUUCACAACGAAGCACUUCCCCUCCCUGAAGAGUCUCCCUGAGCUCUACGAGCUUGUCGUCAAGUACAAGCCGGAUGUGCUGUGGUCCGACGGGGAUGGCGAUGCGUCGGACAAGUACUGGAACAGCACCGGGUUCCUCGCCUGGCUGUACAACGACAGCCCAGUGCGGGACACCGUGGUGACAAAUGACCGCUGGGGUCGCGGCUCCAUCUGCACCCACGGCGGCUUCUACACAUGCGCCGACCGCUACCAGCCGGGUCACCUGCUGGCACACAAGUGGGAAAACUGCAUGACCAUCGACACCAAGUCAUGGGGCUACAGACGCAAUGCCCCGCUCGCCGACUACCUCACCAUCGAGCAGCUGGUGGCGACGUUGGUGGAGACGGUGUCCUGUGGCGGGAACCUCCUGAUGAACGUGGGCCCCACGCUGGAGGGAAGAAUCGCCCCCAUCUUUGAGGAGCGUCUGCGUCAGAUGGGAAGCUGGCUGGGCGUCAACGGCGAGGCCAUCUACAACAGCAGCGCCUGGCGGGCUCAGAAAGACACCGUCACGCCCGUUGUUUGGUACACAUCCAGACUGACGGAAAAGCUCAUCUUUGCCAUUUUCCUGGCGUGGCCCGCUGACGGAGCUUUGAUUCUGAGUGAACCCAAGGUCACACCAGGUCACACUCAGGUGGUGCUGUUGGGUCACGGCGCCGUGCAGUGGGAACCCAUGAAGGACCGGGGACUUCGGGUCCUCCUGCCUCAGCUGUCCUUCAGCCAGAUGCCGUGUCGGUGGGCCUGGACCCUCAAGCUGACAGGUGCCAAGUGAAGCCUGGAAAGCAGUUGUACGCCAACGCAAAUCUAAAAUAACGGAGUAGCUACAACAGUGCUGCUGAAUGGGACCACGCUGAGUAUUUUGGACCUUUUUUUCCACUUCAGACCCGUUCCUGUUCCUUUUCUUGUACCACCUCUGCAUGUCAACAUUCAUUAAACACUCCUGAGGUCCACACUCAGGUCAGCUAAUUGGACACUUUAUUAGGUACACCCAGAUAAGGCCCCCUUCCCGUCACACUGAUAUUUCCUACCAUCAAGUCAUGUUUUUGUAUUUCAUCCACGUGUUUGUUUGUUGUAAUGCUGAUUAAAAUGUGACAAGUGUGUUUCUCAUGUUCUUCAUGUGUCUUAUACGGUCGUCUUGUCAUGUCGUUUUUUUAUGUUAGAAAUGUGUUAUUUUUUACCAAACAUUUUUUAAAUCUUAUGUGUGUUUUUAAUGUGUCAAGUCUUGUCAUAAUUGUUAUUUUUUGUAGGUUCUAAGUGUGUUUAUUAUGUUACGUGUGUUUCAUGCAAUCAAGUGUUUUCAUUAAAUAUUUUUUAAUAUGUUACACGUGUGUUUUGUUAUUUGAUGUGUUUUGGACCAUCGAGUCUUGUCAUGUCAUGUUUUUAUUGUUAUAAAUGUGUUUUUUUCACCAUCAAGCCAGGUGAUUCUACAAGGUAUUAUGUUGUAAAUGUGU